AUGCCUCCCCAUGCUCGUCACAGGCCCCCCUCUGGCGCACAUCAUGGCCAGCAAGCCAGGCAAGCCGUCGAGGGAGCAGUUCGUCUCGGCGGGCCAAUGCCAGGCCACAGCUGGCUAGAGCGGCUUUGGGGCUGGCCUAGCUUCGUCAUGGUGGUUUGGCUGCUGCGUCACUUGACUGGACAGCCGGCUGGUCUGCUAUACCGCCAGGAACGGGCAUUAAUUGGCAUUGGCACUGGCUCGCCUGCCGAACCACUCCUCUUGUCGUUGCAGUCGCAGCAGUUGCAUGCGGCUCCCUCAACGUCUGACCGCUGCUCCGGUGCGUGCGAAACAUGGUCCUGUCUCCGCCUGGCCAUCAUCUCCUUCACCGUCUUGGCUGCAUGUCGCAAGCUGAAGCCUUGCCACCUUUCUCCUCGUCGCCCCGCUGCUAGCAGUCGGACAGCGCGGCUACAUGCCAAAUCACAGCCAAGCUAUGCCCGUUUUACCGCUGUCACCUCCACGUCCAACGUUGUGACGCUCCGCCCUGCCCUGCCAUCCGACGCCAACCUGGUCCUUCCCGGUUUCCUGAGCAAUGCCCUCGCCUCGCUGCCCGCCUCGAGACAUGAAGAUGGACACGGCCUGUUUCAUCCUACCCGUUCGCAGUGGGGGGCUGCUCGCUGCCCGGGAUGGACAGCCAAGCACGGAUUCGAUAUGCAACUCGGACAGACUACGCUCGUUUGA